AUGGCGACUUCCACAACUCCGCCCGAGUGGCCUUUUCCCUACCUUGCCGUGGUUGUGCUCGCGCUGGCUACAUUGGCGAUCCUGUCUACAUUCCGCCGAGUCAACAGCAGAUUUGACUUUAUGAAGAACGGCAUGUCAACCCUGAAAAAGGAGGUAGAGAGGCAUCCAAGCCAGCCCUUUCGAAUGCCUACGGAUCUAGGCGAAGUGACGGUUAUUCCCCCUGACAAUGCCGCGUAUCUACGUAACCUGACAGAUCUAGACUUCCGAGAAGCCAUCACAAAGUACGUCAGGCUGAUUCGACCUCCAGCCUCCUCUGAAGAGAACCUCCAAGAAACUAAAGACAUGUGUUUAGACACAAUCAUCGAACCCCUAUCCUCAGAAGCCUCUUUCACAACCGAAUUGAUUUUCGGCAGUCGGCCUGGAUGGAAAGAGAUACCAGCUAAGGACGCCUUGUUGGAGCUCGUUGCUCGCCUGUCUUCGCGAGUGUUCCUUGGGUCCGACAUUUGCCGCAACGAGAAAUGGCUUAGGAUUACCAAGGAGUUCACAACGACUAGCUUUGCCGCUGCUGCCAAGCUUAACAUGCUACCAUGGGUUCUAAGACCGCUAGCCAACUUACUCGAUCCAUCUUGCCAACAGGUACGGGCCUUCAUCGCAGAGGCGGAGGGGAUACUACUUCCCGUUAUCGAAAGCCGUUGCAAGGUCAAAGAGGCGGCCAAAAAAGCUGGCAAGCCAGUGCCUGUGUUCAACGACACCAUCGAGUGGGCUGAGGCGGAGUCGCAGGGCACACAGUACGAUCCGGUCGCGUUUCAGUUGAUGAUUUCGUUCGUCGCAAUACACACGACGUAUGACCUGUUGGGUCGAGUUCUGUUGCUCUUGGCGGAGCACCAGGAGACUAUCAAGCCUCUGCGCCAGGAGAUGAUUGAGGUCUUACAAGCCGAAGGCUGGUCCAAGACGGCGCUAAACCAUAUGAAGCUGUUGGACAGCACUAUCAAAGAAUCUCAAAGAAUCUCGCCAACCUCUUUGCUAACUCUGCGUCGGAUCGCAGUCAACGACGUCACACUCCCCGACGGCACUAGAGUUCGAAGAGGGGAACGCCUGUACACCCACUGCUGUAACAUGAUGGAGCCCGAGGUCUAUCCGAAUCCAGACAGGUUCGACAUCUCUCGGUUCAAGCGGCUUCGAGAACAAGCUGGGGGCGAAAGCAAAGCCCAGCUCAUCACCCUCACUCCGGAGCAUCUCGGGUUUGGCUACGGAGUGUACUCUUGUCCGGGACGUUUCUUUGCCGGCCACGAAAUCAAAAUUGCCUUGUGCCACUUGCUUUUGAAGUACGAUUGGAAAUUGGCCGAUGAAAGUGGAUUUAAUCCUACCAUCAUCGGCGUCAACUCGUUCAUUGAUCCCAGCAUGUUGAUCAUGUUCAAGAGACGCAAGGAGGAGAUUGACUUGGAUGCGUUACGAUACGAUGAGGGGGUCGCAUUCGAGAAUGAGGGUACCAGCUCUGGUUGA